GCUCGUGAACAAAUUCUUCAAGGAUCUUUCGCGCCACUCACAGUCUACACAGAGGGUGCGAGACGCUUGUAGCGCUCUUCGGUCAAAGAUACUCGUUCAUCUUAUGCACAAAUGCCUCCAGUACGGUAACUAUAUAAAUCAGGGUACACCACUGUCAAGAGCUGUCGGUUUCUCGUUGUCUUCAUUGCCUUCUAUUUUAAGUGCGAAAGGAAAGCAAAGUAGCAGUUCGAACGUGCGGCUCGUUGAUCUUCUCGCUCAAUUUGUUGAAUUUGAUACCCUGGCAUUGGAAGAUGUGAUUUCUCGUCUGCAAGCAGCAAAGAGGCGAUCCAAGGAGUUGACGUCCUCGGUUAAGCGAUUAAAGCAUCAGCUGACUUCGAGAGGAGGCGGCGAUGUUUCGCUGAUGGAAGCAUACCAGCCGUUUUUAGAGGUGGCAGAGUCAAGUUGCUCAAACCUGGCAUCUGAUUUGCAAAAACUUCGCUCAGAAGAAAGUUCACUUCAGUCAUUCUUGUGUGCUAAUACCAUGAAGUUGGAGGAGAUUGCAUCGGUCACCUCUGAAGCCUUAACUAUGCUGUUUGAUUCUAUAAAGAAACGUGCCUUGGUGAAGGUGCGAUCUGCAUCGACGACAGCGGGCAGACAACUGGCCGGACGUGAGCGCUUCUCAAUGCAACGUCGAAGUCUCCAGCCGACCCGUUUGAGUGUGGAAGAAAUGCGUGAAAUGUUCCUCGAGGCAGCGAAUCAAUGA